UAUUAUGUAUAUCCUGAAUGGGACGUACAUCCUUCAAUCCUCUCCGAGUUGUGAUGAAAGAGCACUACCUUAACUUAUCCACCAGCAGUUGCCUCUGAUUCUAAGUGGAUGCCAACCCUGAACAUUGCAACUCUGCCCCUGACGCCGAGCCCCUUACCGGUGUCGCAGAUCAGACCGACCAAUCGCAUGGGAUGGGACCACAUUGCAACACGCAUCGAGAUGUUUUGGAUCUGGUUGCGAUAUUGAUCUUACCAGGCUCAAUUCUCAACUCAUUUGUCCCCUUUUGGGCAUUUGAGUAAUUAUCACUCAUCAGCCCGCAAUGGCGCCCAAAUCCUCCUCCAGCAACAAAAAGAGCAAAGCAUCAAGCUCAAAAUCGUCAGUGCCCUCCAUCGACUCCUCCUCCUCCUUCACCCCCGAGAACUUUGAACGGGAGCUCAAGGCCCUUGCUGCCAAAGCCAAGACGGAAACCUGGGGGAAAUGGGCCAAAGAACAAAGCUCCAUCUAUGUCAAGGCCUUUGUUCUCCUCAGCCUCAUAGCUGCAUACUCGACCGUCUCACAGCUUGCUCUGUCGCCUGUGUACGGGUCGAUCCCCGCAGCGAGAUGGCAUGACAAGCUGCUCAUGGCAGCGUGCUUCGCCGGCUGGUCGGCCAACCUAUUUCUGGAGAGAGCGCUCCCAUUCAAACCCGCAUUGCUGCUCCCUGUCAUCGCCAUCUACAUUCCGGCGGUGCAGUCCUUCCUGGGAAAGGCCAGCGGGGUGCUGACUGCGAGCUGGGGACCGUUGGUGACCGAGGCCGUUACUCUCUUUCCACUCGUGGGAUUAUCCGCCGCGUGCGUGGCGACGUAUCUGGAUGCGGCAGACUUGUCAAAGUUGCCUGGGUGGCUUGCUGAUGCCGCACCUGGGCUGGGAUCGUACGGCUUCUUCAAAGCGGCUGAGAAGGUGCUUCGUGGGAUCAUCGAGGCGUAUGUUGGGAGGACCUUGUUUAGCACCAGGAUGGGAAUGGAGCUGCUUCUUGCCGCCUCGUAUACCCUGGUCGCUCCGUCGAAAUUGCUGGUCUGGACAGUACCGGCGCUGGUGCACACGGCGCUUUUCAAUACUCACGUCCCGACGCCCAUGGCCCUAUCCGCCCUGAACAGGGGCCUUGCGCCGGUGGGGCACGUGGUUCUCGACCGACAGGAGUCCAUCACAGGCUACUUGUCCGUCAUUGACAGCCUCAAGGAUGGCUAUCGCGUCAUGAGAUGCGACCACAGCCUGUUGGGCGGCGAGUGGGUUAAGCUCCUCGGCCAAGGCCAGUUCAAGGGAAACCAGGUGGCUGAGCCCAUCUACGGCGUGUUUGCCAUGCUUGAGGCUGUCAGGCUGGUCAAGACGGCAAAGCCAAUCAGGGACGACAAGGCAAAGGCCCUCGUUAUCGGGCUCGGCAUUGGCACCACUCCGGCUGCUCUUGUUGCCCAUGGCAUUGACACGACGGUCGUAGAGAUAGACCCCGUAGUCCACAAGUUUGCCUCCAAGUACUUCCAGCUCCCCAGCAAUCAUACGGCCGUUAUCGAGGAUGCGGUGAGCUACACGUCACGUCUGGCUUCCAACGAGAGCGGGGCCCGUUUCGACUACAUCAUCCACGAUGUCUUUACCGGCGGCGCCGAGCCAAUCGCCCUUUUCACCCUGGAGUUUCUGGAGAAUCUCAGCGCUCUGCUCAAACCCGAGGGCGUCGUCGCCAUCAACUACGCAGGCGACUUUGCCCUUCCACCGCCGCGGAUCGUAGUGAACACCAUCAAGUCUGUGUUCCCGACAUGCCGGCUCUUUAGGGAACAUCCGCGGAACGAGACAGACUUUGCCCAGACCAACCGAGACUUCACCAACAUGGUGAUCUUCUGCACAAAGCAACGUGGAAAUCUCUCGUUCCGCAAGCCGAAUCAGAGGGACUUGCUGAACAGCCCGUCGAGACAGGCUUUUUUGCCACCCCAACAUGAGGUCAAGAGGUCGGAUUUUGCCAAGAGCGACGAGAGUGAAGGCGGCGAUGAGAUUCUGAGGCGGAAUGCGACCGAAGGGCUGGCCAAGUGGCAUGAGAUGAGUGCUUUGGGACAUUGGACGGUAAUGAGGACCGUGCUACCGGAGGUGGUGUGGGAAGCUUGGUGAAGGUUCGGUUAAGUUCUCAUUUGCCGUGUAUAUAAUUUAAAGUGUUUACAUGUGUUUGGUAUCUGGGAGGGAAUAGGACAGUGGAUUUCUCACCCUUUUUACUCCUUCUACUCCGUCAAUGGAUGAGUGGGGUGGUCAGGUCGCAAUGGUGAGAUUCGGGCAACCAAAGCUGACUGAUAUGGAUACUCUACAUGCACACUCACUCCUCGGUUGUCUUCUUCCUCGCUGUCCCCUCAUUCAACACCUGCUCCUUAGCGAACUCCUCCGCCUCCCGAUUCACAUGCCUCCUCCACCCUUCCAAAUACUCCGGCACCUCAGCAACCUGAUUAUACCCCCCCGGCACCGGCUCCCCCAAGACGGACCAGACGG